AUGCCCAAGUUUUAUUGUGACUACUGUGAUACAUACCUCACCCAUGACUCUCCAUCUGUGAGAAAGACACAAUGCAGUGGUAGAAAACACAAAGAGAAUGUGAAAGGCUACUCUCAGAAAUGGAUGGAAGAGCAGGAUCAGAGGGUAAGUGGCAAAACAACCUCAGCAUUUCAGCAAGGAGAGAUACCUCCUACUUCAUUCUCUGCUCCUCCUCCUUCAGGGGCAAUGAUUCCACCUCCCCCCAGUCUUCAUGGUCCUUCUUGCCCUGGUAUGAUGCCAGCACUCCAUAUGGGGGGCCCUCCCAUGAUGCCAAUGAUGGGUCCUCCUCCUCCUGGGAUGAUGCCAGUGGGACCUGCUCCUGGAAUGAGGCCACCUAUGGGAGGGUACAUGCCCAUGAUGCCUGGGCCCCCACUGAUGAGACCUCCUGCCUGUCCCAUGAUGGUGCCCACUCGGCCAGUAAUGACUCGACCAGAAAGAUAA